UGAAGGCGGCUGUAAACUUCGUGGAGGAGCAGCCGUUGCUAGCUCUUUAGCUAGCUGCCUUAUGAACAAUAAUAAUGGAUUUUAUGGCAGUUAACUGAAAACCUAUGAAUACAUAGCUUAAACUCGCGGUGUUUCCAAACAACUGACAUUAAGACGCUAACGCUGCUAGCUAGCUAAAGCCAGCUACAACUUAGCAAUCAGUAGCUUCGAGCAGCAAUCAUGAUGGCGUCCAGCUACAACGCCAAAGACGAGGAUGGACAUAUCACUGUGUCCGGACCUGGCGGCGGAACUCUGCGGAGCAAGAAGCCCGAAAACACUGCGUUCAAACAGCAGAGACUCCCAGCAUGGCAGCCCAUCCUCACAGCGGGCACCGUCCUCCCUGCCUUCUUCAUCAUCGGCCUCAUCUUCAUCCCCAUCGGCAUCGGCCUGUAUGUUACCUCCAACAACAUCAAGGAGUUUGAGAUCGAUUACACAGGAGUUGACAUGUCCAGUCCCUGCUUCAACUGCUCCCAGAACUUCAGCUGGAACAGCACAAGGCCUUGUACCUGCACGAUACCCUUCUACCUGGACCAGCCCUAUGAAAGCAACGUCUUCAUGUAUUACGGCCUCUCCAACUUCUACCAGAAUCACCGGCGCUAUGUGAAGUCAAGAGAUGACAGUCAGCUGAAUGGAGACACGGAAUCUCUCACGAAACCCAGCAAGGAGUGUGAGCCGUAUGCUUUCCACGAAAACAAGCCCAUUGCACCAUGUGGGGCCAUCGCCAACAGCAUGUUUAAUGACACGCUGGAGCUGUUUUACAACAACCCCAAUGGCACAAAGAGCGAGAUUCCUCUGACGACCACAGGAAUCGCCUGGUGGACGGACAAACACGUGAAGUUCAGGAACCCUGGGGGCAACAACCCGAACCUCACAGCUGUUUUUCAAGGAACAACGAAGCCGGUGAACUGGCGCAGGCCUGUGUACGAGCUGGACACUGAUGCGGAGAACAACGGCUUCAUCAACGAGGACUUCAUCGUGUGGAUGAGAACCGCCGCUCUGCCGACCUUCCGCAAACUCUAUCGCAUCAUCCAGAAGAAGAACAACAUGGUUCCUACUCUGCCCAGAGGCAACUACACUCUGGAAGUGGUCUACAAUUAUCCUGUUCGCAGCUUUGAAGGCAGGAAGCGGAUGAUCCUGAGCACCAUCUCCUGGAUGGGAGGCAAGAACCCGUUCCUGGGCAUCGCCUACAUCACCGUGGGCUCCGUCUGCUUCUUUCUGGGCGUCGUCCUGCUGAUCAUCCACCACAAGUACGGCAACCGCAACAACAGCGCCGACAUCUCCAACUGAGACGCUGACGGCGCUCCGGCUCACCUCGGCUGCAGUGAACAGGGAUCCAGCAACACAUCUGUGAGGGUGAAUCCAGAGGACAGAGUAGAUACAUGACAAAACUGAACAUAAAGUAACUUCUCGAAGUGUCAGACGUGAGUUUUAGGGUGUGAAUGUCUGAAUUAUAGCUGAUUAUUUGCCAAAGUGAGAGGAAAAGAAGCCGAAAUUUAACAGCCACAGUCAAGAUGUAAGACAAAUCAGAAACAACCUGCAGAGGUCAUACAGUUACACCCAAACUACACAUUGUGAGUUUGCCAAAACAUUGGAUCAGAGUUUAUGGGUUCUAUCUUAAAUGAAUAAUUAGUAAAAAUGCUUAUUUGUGCUAUUGCAGAGUUGGAUGAUAAGAUCAGUAACUAGCGAAAGAUAACAUGUUCAUAAAUGAGCUUUAGAGGUGCAGGUAGAUGGAUUUUGUCACAUUUAAAGUAAACCAGUCAGCUGUUUGCCUCUGUUUCCUGUCUAUAUAGUAGCUAAGCUAACCAGAUGCUAGCUGUAGCUUAUGUUUACUACACAGACAUGAUAGUGGUAUCAGUUCAAACGUGUCUCACCACACUCUCUCUUCUUCUUGCCUGUUUCGUUGUUCUGGACGUAGAUGCAAGAGUGAGUGUUCGUUGUAGCCUCUCCAUGAAGAUGACAGAUGGGACAAUAUCGGUUCAGCUGAAGCUCAGAUGAAGCAGCUUCUGUGUAGAUUCAUUCCUGAUCUUUUGCCCAAGCAACAAAAAUACUGUCACUUUUGAAAUGUGAUUUGUGUCAGAAAUGUGACGUUUAUCUCUAAUCUCUUACAUUGUAAUCGGUCAGGUGAUUUGUCAGUCUUAUUAAUCAACACUGAUUUUGAAGAUGAAUUGUUAUUCAUGUUUAAAAAGAAGUAUCCUAAAUUCUCCCACUCUGGCUCCUGAAGGCUAAAGAUUGGUUUUCCUUUUGAGAUAGUAUUGGGUAUAUUAUUCGGUAGGUAAAACAGCCAUCAGAUUAAUCGAUAGAGAUUAAGAUAGAGACUUUAAAAGUGAAUUCUGUCUGCUGUUAGGCCACAAAAACCAAAUGAAUACAUUUAUUCUGACAGAAAUGUAUCCUGGUGUUGCAGUUCAAGUGCUGAAGUAGCAACGAGCUGAUCACUUGUGCAGACAACUGUUUAGUUGUUGCUGUUUAGUAGUUGUGAUUGAUACAGACAUUCAUGUUGCUCAAAGGAAAGCUCAGCCAGGAUCCAAAGAUCCUUGUAAAAACAAAAUCUACUUCGGAAUGAGUCUGGAUGUUUGAGUAGCGUUAGGAUCUCUGACGGUGCAGUUGCGGUGAGCUGGACUGUCACUGUUGCAUGCUGGUCGGCUGAGAAGCUGAUGUGAUCAUGGAGCUGCUCCAGCGGCUCGUCUUUGUGCCUCGUUUCGUCCGUAACUUCGUCCUGCUUUCAGACUGAAUUCAUGCUUUUGCGAGUCGUCGCACUUUGAGCGAUUUCCACAUCAGAGGAAACACAACUUGUUCGCAGUUUGGAAGCUGUACAAGUAACAUGUUUAUUUUUUGUAUUUAUUUUAGGGUUUUUUUAAUGUUUGCAUUGUAAAGCCAGUAUUUGCACGCUAGACCUCAGGGGCUUUGAGUCUAAAGGUGGAUGGAGCUAUAUGUUGUGACUGUGUAAAUAUUAACCAGAAAAAAUGUACAUUGACUCGGUGUUGCCGCUUCAUUCGUUGUCGUUGACAUGCAGUAAUAAUAGAUUAACAAGGCAGCAUGAUAGAACAGUAUCAGUACGUGUGCUUAAGUGUAUUUGCCACUGCACAGAGUGAAUUAAUGUUUUCCAGCCACAUUCUGCCAUUUUCAGCUGAAAUGAGCUGAAGCUGCAGCCAAAUGCUUGUUAAAUAGAUGCUGCAUGUUGAAAUGUGAUGAGUAAAAUGUGUUUGUUUUUUAAUUUUUUUGUGGCGCAUUUUAUUGAGAUGAACUAAUAGAAGCACUGGAUUUUACAUUUGUUUUUGAUACUCCACCUGUGUUGUGUUGUUGCUUUAAAAAAAAUAAAUUUGUCUUUUAAAAACAUGA